UGGACUCUGUUUCGAUCAGAAUUAAGAGUAGGACCCAAAAUACGGAAGAAUGGCGUGACAGAGACGUGCAGAUACUAGCGUCAAUUUCAACAUUUAUUCAUAAUUAUUCAGUCGUCAUGAAUUUGCGUCUUUUACACAAGUAAACAGUAAUUUAAAUCAAUUGCCACAAUGGACGAACUGCAAAGUAGAGUGGUACAGGAGGACGCGGUCCACUAUAAGCUCUUUAUGACCCAGCCUGGCGGUUCUACUGAAGAGGAGCAUCUCUUAAGUCUUGUGGAGGAUCUUCUUGCUACAGUGGCGCCUCUCUCAAUGCAGUACAUUUGGCAAAAUCAGUCAUUCAACCUCAAGUAUCACCCGGAAGAAGGAGAUGUUCCGGCUCACAUUGGUGGCAGCACCCAGUUUGGGGACAAUGUGGAAGAUGAAUGGUUUAUUGUUUACCUUCUGAAGAAAAUUACUGAGGUUUAUCCACAGCUUGCAGUGAGAGUGGAGGACAACGACGGGGAAUUUCUUCUAAUUGAAGUAGCAGAUCAUCUCCCUAAGUGGGUAAAUCCGGAUACAAGUGAGAACAGGGUGUUCCUCUACCGGGGUGCAUUGCAUAUCCUGCCCUGUCCCUCGCGUUCCAGUCCAAUCGGGUUCCCAAAAGAUGUGGUCCCCAGUGUUAGGCAAGCUGUGGCGCUGCUCUCCGAGCAGCCGGAAGCCUGCCGGGCCAGCCAUGAGAUUAUUUUGGCCCUGGAUAAGCGUCUAGAUGGAUAUCCCGAGAAGGUUCAAGCCAGCCUGCAUCGUGCCCACUGCUUCAUACCCGCAGGGGUCGCCGUAGUUUUAUCUCAGCGACCCGACCUGGUGGCCCCGGCCGUGUCCGCCUUCUACCUGCGGGACCCCGUGGAUCUCCAGGCGUGCCGGAACUUCAGGAUAUUCCCUCCUGACACGCGAGUCUUGACCUCGGUGACGUUCACCCGCUGCCUCUACGCUCAGCUGCAGCAGCAACAGUUCAAGCCAGACAGGAGGAGCGGCUUCACCUUGCCCGCUCGCUCUCACCCCCAGUUCAAAGCACACGAACUUGGCAUGAAGCUGGCUCACGGCUUUGAGAUCCUGUGCUCCAAGUGCAAGCUGCCAUCUUCAGAAGAUGACGACUCUGUCAGCUGUAACCCUCAGUGGAAAGGAUUCAUGCAGAGUCUAAAGAGGAACGACUACUUCCGGGGGGAGAUGGAGGGUUCGGCACACUACAAACAUCUGAUGAAAUCAGCCGAAAACUUCUUUAAGCAGUCCGUCGCCUCAAAAUCCAGUGGCAUGUCUCCAGGGGAGGAAGUUCUCCAACUGCUGCGCACGUGUCCCAUCGACAUUGAGGAGCUGAGGGAACAAGAGUCACAGCUCCCCCAAGAGGACAGUGACAGCUGGCUAGAUGUCACCGCCCAGGAUCUGGAACGUAUGCUGGAUGAAAGGGGCGGAGCCAGAGCACACGGCAGCACGGCGAGACGGGUUCAGCCCGUCGCGGAUACGGAGGUAGGCGAGGAGAAUGAAGAGGAGGCGGGUUACAGCCUGGUAUCAGUCAGCCAGAAGAUGAAGAGCUUCCUCAACGCCAUGUCGUCACACGAGGGUGCAGAGUUGCCAUGGUCCACUUCAUCUCAACCUUUCAGCUUCGACACAGACUCCAUGACAAGCGCACUGGACCGACUCUUGGGAGGCAAAGAUGAAGAAGAGCUAGAUUCAGAUGAUCUUGAUGAUGACGAGGAGGAGGAGGAUGAGGAUGGAGAAGAAGUUGUGGAGGAGGAAGACGAAGAGAAAGAGAUGAAUGGAAUGGAGGCUUUGGACACACUUCGAGAAUAUAUGGACCAAAUGGACCAGGAGCUGAUGAGCACAAAUAUUGGACAAAGUUUUAAUCAGACGAAUUACAGCAAGACCACGUCAGACAAAAGCUCAGCCCAGCCCCCCGCCACAAAUCUCCUCCCGAGCCAACCGACAGGGGCGACAAUGACCGAGGAGACGGCGGAGAUUCAGCCCCUGGACGUGGACCUCAACUUGGUCACCAACUUGCUGGAGUCCCUCAGCUGCCAGGCCGGGCUGGCCGGGCCUGCAUCCAACCUGCUGCAGAGUCUGGGAAUACGCCUGCCUCCUAACUCCGAUUGCUCAUAAUGGGCAAGAAGUGACGAAAUAUCAACACUUGCUUGCAACUAAAGCAAAAAAAACAGGUAAAUGGUGUUUUAUUGUGAAAGCAUCAUGGAAGGAAGUGUGUAGGAAGUCCUAAAAAAGAUCUAUGUGGAAUAAUUCAAAGUUCACCAGCAUUUGAGUGACUAAAAAUACUUUAUGUAAUGUAAUGUACACACCUUCAUUAAGGCAUUCAGUAACUUUUUACAAUAGCUUGUGUUUUGUGUGAGUGUGGAGAUGAUUGGCAGUAACACAAUAAAUAUUUUUGCAUUA